AUGCAAAACAUUAAUGCUCCGCGGGAGCCUCCUCCCGUUCUGAGCACCAGUUCUACAAUACUCAGUAUGAGGGAAAAGGAGAAAUACAUAGAAGAUUUUGACUUUCCCUUUUGUGACGAGUCUUCAAAGUACGAAAAAGUCGCGAAAAUCGGACAGGGAACUUUUGGAGAGGUUUUUAAAGCACGUGCGAGGAAUAGCAGCAAAAAGUUCGUUGCCAUGAAAAAAGUUUUGAUGGAUAACGAAAAAGAAGGGUUCCCCAUCACGGCGCUGCGGGAAAUUAAGAUUCUGCAACUUCUCAAACAUGAUAACGUCGUCAACUUAAUAGAAAUUUGUCGGACAAAAGCAACUUUGCAUAAUAAAUACAGAUCGACAUUUUAUCUAGUCUUUGACUUUUGCGAACACGAUUUAGCAGGUUUACUGUCAAAUGUAAACGUUAAAUUUAGUUUAGGAGAGAUUAAAAAAGUUAUGCAGCAAUUGUUAAAUGGCUUAUAUUAUAUACAUAGUAACAAAAUCCUACACAGAGAUAUGAAAGCGGCCAAUGUCUUAAUUACAAAGAAUGGUGUGUUGAAGCUGGCAGAUUUUGGUCUUGCGAGAGCAUUCAGUGUUGCGAAGACUGGUCAAGUGAAUAAAUAUACUAAUAGAGUUGUUACAUUGUGGUAUCGGCCUCCUGAAUUGUUGCUUGGUGAUCGUAAUUAUGGACCACCUGUGGACAUGUGGGGUGCAGGAUGUAUCAUGGCAGAAAUGUGGACUAGGUCACCCAUUAUGCAGGGUCCAACAGAGCAGCAGCAGUUGAUCCUCAUAUCACAGCUCUGCGGCUCGUGUACACCGGAUGUGUGGCCUGGAGUCGAAAAUCUAGACCUUUAUAAUAAAAUGGAAUUGCCUAAGGGGCAGAAGAGGAAAGUUAAGGAAAGGCUAAAGCCCUACGUCAAAGACCCAUAUGGUUGUGAUCUGCUUGACAAACUGCUGCAACUGGAUCCAGCAAAAAGAUACGACGCGGACACCGCGCUGAACCACGACUUCUUCUGGACGGACCCGAUGCCGUGUGAUUUGGCGAACAUGCUGGCGCAGCACACGCAGAGCAUGUUCGAGUACCUGGCGCCGCCGCGGCGGCCGGGUCACUUGCGCCACCACCACCACGUGGCCGCGCCGGGCAAGCCCGCGCCCGUCGCCGACUCCGGCUACCAGGACAGGGUGUUCUAA